UAAUCUCAGUGACCACUUGCCAGUUGCCAGUGUCAGUGUAGUAUUGUGGUUACAACGUGCGAUCGUUCACAUGUGACUAGCGCGUGUCGAUAAAGAAAUUUAUAUAUAGAUAAAGAAAAAAAUCUCCUCGAUAAGAAUGACCCCGCCAGCUUCAGAUGACGUGGAACCACCGGAGAUAGUGGUAUUGGAUGGUGGAUUCUCCACUCAGCUCUCUUGUCACGUUGGUCACGUUAUUGACGGUGAUCCUUUGUGGAGUGCCCGAUUUCUUCACACACAUCCUAACGAAGUUGUCAAUGCACAUCUUGAUUUUCUACGCGCUGGGGCCAACUUGAUAAUAACAAACACAUACCAAGCGUCUGUCGACGGAUUCGUGGAGCACCUGGGAGUCACAGCUGACGAAGGAUAUGAUCUCAUAAAAAGAGCUGCAGAGCUGGCGAAAAAGGCACGUGAUUUAUACAUGGAGGAAUAUGAAGAAUAUAUACAAUCAGAUCACGUACCCAUAGUUGUGGGAUCUGUGGGGCCGUACGGGGCACAUCUUCACGACGGAUCUGAAUAUGAUGGCAGCUACGCCGACACCACUACAGUAGAGUCAAUGCGCGAAUGGCACUUACCGCGGAUUCGUGCACUAGUGGAAGCUGGAGUGGAACUGCUGGCGUUGGAAACCAUCCCUUGUCAGGAAGAGGCAGAAAUGUUGUGCGAACUUUUACGAGAAUAUCCUGGUAUGAAAGCUUGGCUUUCAUUUAGUUGUAAGGAUGACCAGAGCAUCGCCCACGGAGAAAGUUUUCAAAAGGUAGCGAAAAAGUGUUGGAGCCUUAACCCCGAGCAGUUGGUAGCGGUCGGCGUUAAUUGCUGCUCUCCGUCAUACGUAGGAAAAUUAUUGAAGGGAAUCAAUGACGACCGGCCGGACGAUCCCAUACCACUAAUUGUUUAUCCUAACUCAGGCGAAAAGUACAACCCACAGAUUGGGUGGAUAGACAGGGAUAAAUGCGAGCCUGUAGAAGUGUAUAUACAGGAAUGGCUGGAUAUGGGUGUGCGGUACGUAGGAGGAUGUUGCCGGACCUAUGCUGCAGAUGUUUCCAGAAUACGAAACCAGGUGCACUGCUGGCGGGAUCGCUGGCGUUUCCAGCAUAAAUAUUCAAAGACUCAGAACUCUUAAAAUGUGUUUAUGAUUUAAGGACUUAACGGACCUCAUAGUAGUUUUAUCUAAAGUUUACAAAUAUAUGUUUAUAACAGUUAUAUUAAUAAAACGCUAAUAAAUUA